UCGAAAGUAACAAAAAAAAUGUCAAAUCUUUCACUCGCGAUCACAACAACAACAACAACAACAAGAAGAACAAAACUCAUUAUUUCAACCCUUGAUGCAUGACGGUGGCCGUCAUGACAGCAUCGCCAACUACUGCUACUACUACUACUCAAUGAAUAAUAAGAACUUUAUUUAUUUUGUUUUGCCAAGAAGAAAAAAUCAUGGUUACAUCUGAUGAUGAUGACAAAACCAAUGAUUGUGUUUUGUCGAAGAAAAUACAUUCGUGGCAAACAAAAUGAAUAACCGGCGUUACCAUCAUCAUCAUCCCAUACAAUGAUUUUGUUUUGUUUUUGUUUUGUUUUUUAAUGAUGUGAUGUGACCCAGAAUUCAUCAAAAUAAUCAAUGCCAACAGUAACAAAUUAACCAAAGCUAUUUUUAUUGAAAAAAAGCCAAAGCCAAUUCUAGAAGCUUUAAAAUCAAAUGUAUCAACUGCGUGUGUACUUGUAUCAGCAGCAGCAAUAGCAGAUAAAACGAAAAGAACAUUUUUAGCCAAAAAAAUUAAUUUUUAACAUUUUUCGUCGUUUGAUUCAACUGAAUUGAUUGAACUUUGGCAAUUAUUGUUCGGACUUGUUGUUUCAUUCAGAAUUCAUUCGUAUUCAUAUUUUUAAUCUAAUCGUAAACUCGUGAAGAUAAAAAAAAUUUUAAUGAUUUGAUAUACGCUCUUACAUAAAUAUACAAAAAAAAUGUAAUUUUUUUUCAUCGUCGGGUCUAUUGCACCACCAUUUUCAUCAGAGAAAAAAGAGAGAUCAUUGAUCACCAACUAAUCGAAUCGAUUUUGAAUCACAAACACUUUGGUGGCUAUUUCCAAUUAAUAAAGUAGCUAUUUAGUAGUGUUUUUUUGAACUGUUAAAUUAUCAUCAUCAUUACCAACAUCAGAAAAAAAUCUAUUUGACCAUGAGUUUAACUACACAGGAUAUAAAUUACCAUCGUGUGAUGAAUACUACUGCUACAGCAGCAGCAUCAGCACCACCACCACCACCCCCGCCAGUAACAACAACAGCCUCGGCUUCACCUUCUUUAUUUAGCCCUUCCACUUUAACUAAUGACAAUUAUUCAACAAAAAAAAUUCAAUCAAAAUCAAACCUCAUUUCCAUCAACACCCCUACUGCUACAGUCAAUGUUGAAAAUGAUGGUCGAAAACAAGAUCAAGAUAGCCACAAACACAACCACCACCACCUUGAAACUAUUGUUAGUAAUACAAUGAUAAAUGAUUGUAAAAAUGAUAAUGGUUGUGGUGGUAGACGACCAUUGUCGUCCACAUCGAUAAUGCCAAAUGUACCGGAUCCAUCUGCUGGACUAUCUACAAAAUUGUCGCCAAAACAGCAACCAAAAAUGAUGCAUAAAACAAUGAAACAAAAAAAACAACAACAGGCAAAUGAUUCAGUUUUUAUUGUUGAUAAUGAUAAUCAACAACAUUCACAACAAGAAAAAUUAUCGAUUAGUUGUAGUAUUGUUAAUCCGAUUGUAACAACGGUGGUUUCAUCGUCAUCAUUAUCAUCGGCAACGACAACAACUACAGCUAAUGAUCGCCAAACGUCGACAUACUUAUAUGAUAAAUCCAAUUUCAAUCAUUUCCAGAUUAAUCAAUCACAAUCAUCGCAAUCAUCGGCUGAAAUAGUAGGCCAAUAUAAAAAUCAAAUAAAAAACGAUCAGCAAAAAACAUUGUCGAGUUUAGACAAUCAACAAUCGAACUGCAUUACAGUCAAUUCAAAAAUCGAUGAUCAACAAUCGAAUGAACAAUCAUUAUUACCGGUUGUAGUUACCACCACCACCACCACCACCACCAACAACAACAGUAGAAAAUCGGUUAUAAUCGGCUCAUCGAAUCAAUUGACAAUGUCGCAAAAGAAAGCAUCAUCAUCAUCAUUAUCGUCAGCGGCCAGUUCAUCGGCUACAUUCACAUCAUCAUCAGCAACUGGUGGUGAUUGUCUGAAUAACAGUAGUUCUAUGGAUGAUGAUUUGAAUCAAUCAUCGGAAAAACCAUUGAAUCGUCGUCAAUGGUAUCACCUGUGGUUACCUUCGUAUAAAUCUCGAUUGAAUCAAUUUCAAAGACAAUUUAGUGAUAAAAUUGAUUCACGUGAAAAAUUGAUUGGUGAUUUUGUAUGUGCCAUACAACGUGAAUUGUUACUUCAAGGACGAAUGUACGUUUCAUUGAAUUAUAUUUCAUUUUAUUCGAAUAUUUUUGGCUAUGAAACCAUCGUGAAUAUUAGUUAUCAAGAUAUUGAAUCAAUAUCGAAAGCUAGUACUGUGAAGUUAUUUCCAAAUGCUAUCCAGAUUAUAACAAAUAGCGGGUUGAAAUAUUUUUUCACCUCCUUUGUUUCACGUGAACGUGCAUAUCAAUUAAUGACAAAACUAUGGCAGCUAGCUAGGCGUGAUCAACCAAUGCCAUGGCCCGAGAUACGAAAAUUAAUACGUGAAGCCUAUACUACAAGUAAUUUAGGUGUCGAUCUUAGUGAUCUGGAUGAUGCCGAUGUUGAAAUUGAUGUACUUUCAAAGAAAAAGAAAAAACAUCCAAAACGUAAACGUAAAGAUUCGAAUCAUAAUCAUCAUCAUCACCAUCAUCACCACCAUCAUCAUCAUGCGAAUAAAUCUUUACCGAAUUCAAAUUCUAGUUCUGAAGGAUUAACAACACAAGCUGAUGAUGUUGAAGAAGAAGAAGAAGAAGAGGAACAAUCACCUGUUUUGAUGAUGAAUCGUCGACAUUUGGCCAUAAAAGAAUCUCAUAGUUCUUCAUCAUCUACGAUGACAAAAACAACAAAUAAUGCUGAUGUACAAACAGAUGAUUAUGAUUUGCAAUUGCCACAUCAUCAUCAUCAUCAUCAUCACAAUCAUUAUCAUCCAGAUCAUCAAUGUUCACUGAUGGAAGUGUUUCGACAAUCAAUCAUUAAUAUGAAAAUGAAAUUAUAUAAAAUUUCACCAACACAAUCACAAGUUAUAAAAUUUUUAUUUAUGGUUGCAAUGUUAUUAUUCCUAAUACAGAUUGCAAUCUAUUUUCGUUUUCAAACAUUGAAUCAACGUUUUCAACAAACACAACAAAUUUUAUUGGAAACAUUGGCCAAACGACAAGUUGUUAUGAAUCAAAGCAGAACAAUAUCUAAUAUUGAUUCUUCAUCUUCUGCUGCUGCUGCUGCUACAUCAUCAUCAUCAUCAUCACAUUGUUUUUUAAAUUCACAUUGUUGAAUGGGGCUAAAAUGACCACCACAUAAUAGAAUUCUCAAUCUUAUGGAUUUUUAACCAAAAAAACGAAUUUCCAUCAAUUUCUGUCUUUCAUGAUUCUUGUAUGUUGUUGUAUUAUAUUUUUUUUUGCAUAGUUUUAUCACCAUUUUUUGAUGUCUGGUUUAUUAUCAUUGUUUGUCAAAGAUUAUUAAUUUCGUUUUCCUUUUUUUCCAAUCCGUUUAGCUAUAUUGUGAAAGUUUUUUUUUGAAUUUAGAUUAUUUUUUUUAUGCAAA